CAUACAGCGUGUUCGAACUCUUCGAAGCUGGCCGCUUAUUUCUUCAGUCCUCAGCUCCAGUCGUCAGCUCCGUGAAAACCCUCAAUUAGGGCACUUCCCGCCCAUUCAUUCUCUCUCUUCCCUCUGGCUAUCUAGUGAACGACGAACUUCAACAAGGAAACUCUUUCUCGGUUCUGUUCCUAGGGCUUCCAGGAGCACGAAAUCAGCAGAAAAUGGUGUCGCCGAAGCAACUUCUCUCCACCGUGGAGGCGUCGCUGCUCGGCCCAACCCCUCCGACGCCGUCGCAGAGGAUGGAGCUCAUGCUCGCCAUCCGCCGCUCUCUCCCCUCCCUCCAAUCCCUCGUAUCAUAUCCCCCUCCGAAACCGGCUGACCGGACUCAAGUUCAGUCGAAGGAAGUCCGGCUUCCGGAUUCUUCUCCAAUUUCGCUCGACGAUCAGGAUGUUGAGAUUGCUCUGAAAUUGAGUGAUGAUCUCCACCUUAAUGAAAUUGAUUGUGUGCGUCUGCUUGUUUCUGCCAACCAGGAGUGGGGAUUAUUUGGACGAGACCCACUGGAAAUUUUACGCCUUGCAGAAGGGCUCUGGUACACAGAGAGAAGAGAUCUAAUAACAGCACUUUACACCCUGUUAAGGGCGGUUGUGCUUGACCAAGGACUUGAAGCUGACAUUGUGGCUGACAUUCAGAAAUAUUUGGAAGAUCUCAUUAAAUCUGGCCUUCAACGACGAUUAAUUUCUCUCAUAAAGGAACUCAAUCGAGAAGAACCAUCUGGUUUGGGUGGGCCUCAUUCUGAGCGCUUUGUUCUUGAUUCAAGAUGUGCUCUUGUGGAGCGCCGGGCUGUGGUCUGUAGGGAAAGAUUGAUCCUUGGCCAGUGCCUUGUUCUUUCCUUUCUGGUUGUGCGGCCAAGUCCAAAAGAUGUAAAGGAUGUGCUUUCUGCUUUGAAAGAUGCUGCUGCUGAAGUUAAUAAUUGCAAUGACUCCCUAAAGUAUCAGAUUGCUUACAGCCUUCUCUUUUCUCUGGUUAUCACUUUAAUUUCCGAUGCUCUGAAUGCAACACCAGAGAAAGUGUCUGUCCUAUCUCGUGAUGCUUCUUUUAGGCAUGAAUUUCAGGAAACUGUGAUAACUUCUGCAAAUGAUCCAAUUGUUGAUGGCUUUGUUGAUUGUGUAAGACUUGCUUGGGCUGUCCAUUUGAUGUUAGUACAAGAUGGGAUUGAUGCAGGGGAGACUUUGUCAAGUUCUUCAUCUAGUGACCUGCGUAAUAUUUUCACAUGCUUGGAAAUUAUAUUCUCAAAGAAUGUUUUCCAGUUUUUUCUGGAUAAGAUUGUUCUAACUGCGGCCUACCAGAGCGAUGAUGAGGAUAUGAUUUACAUGUACAAUGCAUAUCUACACAAGCUCAUUACAUGUUUUCUCUCUCAUCCGCUUGCUAGAGACAAGGUUAAAGAAACAAAAGAAAAGGCCAUGACUGCACUUAGCCCAUACCGUCUGGCUGGAUCACAUAAUUAUAUAAAUGAGUCUGGCAUGGAUUCUGAACAAGUCACUAAGGAAGCUCCUCAAACUUUUGUUUCUCUUUUAGAGUUUGUGAGUGAAAUUUAUCAGAAGGAACCGGAGCUGUUGUCUGGCAAUGAUGUUUUGUGGACAUUUGUAAACUUUGCUGGCGAGGACCACACUAACUUUCAAACACUAGUGGCCUUUUUGAAAUUGUUGAGUACCCUGGCUUCUAGUCAAGAGGGGGCUUCAAAGGUUUUUGAGUUACUCAAGGGUAAAACGUUUCGCUCUAUUGGGUGGAGUACUCUGUUUGAUUGUUUAUCAAUCUAUGAAGAGAAGUUCAAGCAAUCCCUCCAGAGUGCUGGGGCAAUCUUACCAGAAUUCCAGGAAGGGGAUGCCAAAGCACUUGUUGCAUAUUUGAAUGUCCUGCAGAAGGUUGUUGAAAAUGGGAACCCCAUUGAAAGGAACUGGUUUCCUGAUAUUGAGCCUUUAUUCAAGCUCCUCAGUUAUGAAAAUGUGCCUCCUUAUCUGAAGGGUGCUUUGCGUAAUGCUAUAGCUAGUUUUAUCCAAGUUUCUCCAACCUUAAAAGAUACUAUUUGGAGUUACCUUGAACAAUAUGAUCUUCCAGUGGUUGUUGGGCCUCAUAUUGGGAGCAGCACACAACCAAUAACAGCACAGGUUUAUGAUAUGAGAUUUGAGUUAAAUGAAAUAGAGGCAAGAAGAGAACGAUAUCCUUCUACAAUAUCUUUCAUCAAUCUGUUAAAUGCUCUCAUUGCUGAAGAAAGGGAUGUUAGCGAUAAAGGGCAUAGAUUCAUUGGCAUCUUUAGGUUCGUAUAUGAUCAUGUGUUUGGACCCUUUCCACAGAGAGCCUAUGCAGACCCUACUGAGAAAUGGCAGUUGGUCGUUUCCUGUCUCCAGCAUUUCCGGAUGAUAUUGAGCAUGUAUGACAUUGAUGAUGAGGAUGUUGACAACAUUGUUGAUCAGUCACAACUUGCACCAGUGGCGCAGUCUCCAUCGCUUCAAAGGCAGCUCCCUGUCACAGAGUUACUGAAAGAUUUUAUGAGUGGCAAAACUGUUUUCCAAAAUAUCAUGGGUAUUCUUUUGCCUGGAGUUAAUUCCAUCAUUAGUGAACGCACUAAUCAAACUUAUGGGCAACUUGUGGAAAGGGCUGUACUGCUUUCUUUGGAAAUCAUAAUCUUGGUUUUUGAGAAAGACUUGUCCGUUUCUGAUUUCUGGCGCCCUCUAUACCAGCCUUUGGAUAUCAUCCUGUCUCAAGAUUAUAAUCAAAUUGUGACUAUACUGGAGUAUGUUAGAUAUGAUUUUCAGCCACAGAUUCAACAAUGCUCUAUCAAAAUUAUGAGCAUCCUGAGUUCUCGCAUGGCUGGGCUUGUACAGUUGCUGUUAAAAUCCAGUGCUGCAAGCUCUUUGAUUGAGGAUUAUGCUGCCUGCCUGGACCUCCGAUCGGAAGAAAGUCGAAUUAUAGAAAACAGCAAUGAUGAUCUGGGUGUCCUCAUAUUGCAACUAUUGAUUGACAACAUUAGUCGGCCUGCUCCAAAUAUUACACAUUUAUUACUCAAGUUUGAUCUUAACACUACCGUUGAAAGGACAUUGCUACAGCCUAAAUUUCAUUACAGUUGCUUGAAGGUUAUUCUCGAUAUUCUUGAAAAGCUGUCAAAGCCUGAUAUCAAUGCAUUGCUUCACGAAUUUGGUUUUCAGCUUCUCUAUGAAUUAUGCUUGGAUCCGUUAACAUCUGGUCCGACUAUGGAUCUCUUGAGUAGUAGAAAAUAUCAGUUCUUUGUAAAGCACCUUGACACAAUUGGAAUUAUUCCACUUCCAAAAAGAAAUAGCGCUCAAGCACUUCGCAUUAGUUCCCUCCAUCAGAGAGCAUGGCUAUUGAAGCUAUUAACUAUUGAAUUACACUCUGCUGAUGCCUCUAGUUCCAGCCACCGAGAAACAUGUCAAAGUAUUCUUGCUCAUUUGCUUGGCCAAGACGUUAAAUAUGGCAUGGAUUUUAAUGUGUCUCAUUCAUCUAUCCUUCAAGAUAGUGCUGAUAAUGCAGGAACCAGAUCAAUAAGUAAGAGUAAGGUGUUAGAAUUGCUUGAAGUUGUCCAGUUCAGGUGUCCUGAUACCAGCAUGAAGCAUUCUGAGGUUGUUUCUAAUAUGAAAUUUGGCGUUCUGGCCUCUGAUAUUCUUGGGAAUCCGGCAACUUCUCAAAAGGGAGGUAUUUAUUACUUCUCAGAACGUGGUGAUCGUUUAAUUGAUCUUGCUGCACUGCGCGACCAACUUUGGCAGAAAUACAACAUUGUUAAUCCCCAACUUAGCACUUUUGGCAGUGAGAUUGAGCUCAAUGAGGUGAGAGAUACAAUUCAACAAUUAUUACGAUGGGCAUGGAAGUAUAAUAAGAACCUUGAAGAGCAGGCUGCCCAACUCCAUAUGUUAACUGGUUGGUCUCAGAUCGUUGAGAUCUCUGCAUCCAGAAGAAUAACAUCUCUUGAAAAUCGAUCAGAAAUUUUGUUUCAGUUGCUUGAUGCCUCUUUGAGUGCUUCUGCUUCUCCUGACUGUUCACUAAAGAUGGCAAUAAUAUUGUCUCAGGUAGCUCUUACAUGCGUGGCUAAGCUACGUGAUGAAAGGUUUUUGUCUCCUGGUGGUUUAAACUCUGACACGGUUACAUGUCUUGAUAUUAUCAUGGCUAAGCAAUUGUCAAAUGGAGCAUGCAACUCUAUCUUGUUCAAGCUUAUCAUGGCACUCCUUAGAAAUGAAUCAUCGGAAGUCCUGAGGAGACGGCAAUAUGCCCUGCUUCUUAGUUACUUCCAGUACUGCCAGCAUAUGCUCGAUCCAGAUGUUCCAACAUCAAUUCUGCAGUUCUUGUUGAUCAAUGAGCAAAGCACUGAAGAUCUGGAUCUCCAGAAGAUGGACAAAGAGCAAGCAGAAUUAGCACAGGCCAGUUUUUAUAUUCUAAAGAAAGAUGCUCAAGCAAUCCUGGAUUUGGUUAUAAGGGAUGCCACCCAGGGUAGUGAAUCUGGAAAAACAAUAUCACUAUAUGUCUUGGAUGCUUUGAUUUGGAUUGAUCGUGAGAAGUACUUCUUAAGCCAACUUCAAAGGAGAGGUUUCCUAAGGUCUUGCUUUACAAGCAUCAGCAAUCUUUCUUACCAGGAUUGUGGCCGUUCAUUGGAUUCAUUGCAGCGAGUUUAUGUCCUUGAGGCUGAACUUGCUCUACUGUUGAGAAUUAGCCACAAAUAUGGGAAAUCAGGGGCCCAGGUUCUUUUUUCUAUGGGUGCUUUGGAACAUAUUGCAUCAUGCAAGGCAGUCAAUAUGCAGAUUAAGGGAAGCUUAAGGCGAGUUGAUGCUAAGUUUGGGAGGGAUUUAUCUGUGGAUGUUGAUAAAAGACGAAUGGUUAUAGCUCCAAUUUUGAGAUUUGUAUUUUCUCUGACUUCAUUAAUUGAUGCUUCUGAUUUCUUUGAGGUGAAGAAUAAAAUUGUUCGCGAAGUAUUAGAUUUUGUCAAGGGGCAUCAGUUUCUCUUUGAUCAAGUUCUUCGGGUAGAUGUGCAUGAAGCUGAUGAAAUAACAAUGGAGCAAAUAAAUCUUGUUGUUGGAAUACUUAGCAAGGUUUGGCCUUAUGAUGAGAGUGGCGAGUAUGGGUUUGUUCAGCUGCUGUUUGGGAUGAUGCGUUCUCUGUUUUCAUGGGAUUUAGAAUCUCUGGCUUCUCCACAAUCCAUACGGUCUCCAGAGAAUCAGCAAAAGUCUGAGCUUGAUAGCUUUUGUCUUUGCUUCAGCCUGAGCUCCUAUCUAUAUUUUCUGGUUACAAAGAAAUCGCUAAGACUGCAGGUCUCUGAUAGUCCUCCCAAAUAUUGUGCACCGGCUGGACAGCAGCAGCCGACACUAACUUUACUUGGUUCUUUCCUUAAUUCUGUGUUAGCAGCUCUGGAGAGAGCUGCAGAGGAAAAAUCUUUACUGCUUAACAAGAUUCAAGACAUCAAUGAACUCUCAAGGCAAGAAGUGGAUGAGAUUAUCAAUAUGUUUGUUCAAGAGUAUCUUGUUUCAUCUACUGACAGCAUACAGAGAAGGAGGUAUAUAGCAAUGGUGAAAAUGUGCCAGAUUGCUGGAAAUAGGGAUCGGCUUAUUACUGUACUACUGCUUCUUUCCGAGAACGUGAUGAACAUUAUCCUUGUACAUUUUCAGGAUAGUUCAUAUAUGAGCAAUCCAGAUUUGGCAGUGAAUAUGAUUACAUAUGGCAGCAAGCCCGACGCAGAAGGGGAUGUACCUUUGCUGUGUACGAAGUUAAUUCCAACAUUAGAAAGACUUGAAUUACUGAGCGAGGAAAAAACAGGUCGGAACCUUAAGGUAUUCCACAGAUUAGUAAACUCACUCAGGGAAACCUUGAUUCAAAACUAGCUGUUUAUGGAAUGCCCUUUGUGCUGGGCAGAAGAUUUUUCACAUGGCUCCUGUCCAGACCAUUGUUAGCUAGAGUAAAUCUUGUUUUGCCCUUUAUGGCGUGCCACUUGUAAAUCUUGUAUGUGAAGGUUGUAGAAACGUGCAUUAUGUUUAUGGAAUUCUCAUUUAUGUAAAUGCUGCUGCUUUAAGAAAUUCUGUAAAAGCUGCAUAUAUCUGAACCGCAGCCCCAAAUGGGAGAAAUUUUGUGCAUUGCUGUACUCCUUCCAAAAUUCUCUAUAGCCAUGUCAAUGGAUUGUUCAAGCUGAUUUGCUUUGUUUA